AUGAAACGGCAGACAUCAGUCGAACAGAGCAAUUAUCUCUUUCCUCAGAUAUGUUUUCAAUGGCGAAACCAAAGAGACAUUCACUGGUUUCUAUUCAACCAAAUCUACGGAAGGAGAAGUAUUGAUGAGCUGUUAAAGACAGCCAUUGGCAGGCUAGAGUUGACAUUGGAAAACAUUGUCGCAGAAUGCUUUGAUGGCGCUGCAAAUAUGAGUGGCCCUCGCAAAGGACUUGCUGCACGCAUGAAGGAGUGCUCACCUCUUAGCAUCUAUGUUCACUGCCAUGGGCAUCGGCUUAACUUGGCGCUACAAGAUACGAUGACUACAAUUGAGCCACUUCAGAAAGCUUUAGGUGUGAUCCAGAGUCUCCAUAAUUUCUUGGAAGGAAGUCCCAAACGCCACUCCAUCUUCAAUGACAUCAAGGUCGAAGAUGAGGACGAAGAUAUUACACUGACUAUUAAAUCGCAGAGUGCUACUAGAUGGUCUUGUCGUUGGGCAGCUGUAAAGCAGUAG